CCCGGCAGGUGCUCCUUCCUUUCCGGCCACAACCCUCGCUCCGCCAGCCAUGCCGCCGCCGCCGGCGACGCUGCCGGACGAGCUCCUCGAGGAGAUCCUCCUCCGCCUCCCGCCGGGCGACCCCGGGUGCCUCUUCCGCGCCUCCCUCGUCUGCAAGCCCUGGCGCAGCCGCCUCACCGGCCCCGCCUUCUCCCGCCUCUACCGCGAGUUCCACGGGGCGCCUCCCUUGCUGGGAUUCUUCGAGAACGACGAGACGGUCUUCUGCUGGUUCGCUCCCUUGACCCCCACCUCCCCCUUCCUCCCGGUCCACCCCGGCCGGUGUGAUCUCUUCACGCUCGACGCUCGCCAUGGCCUCGUCCUCUUAAAUACUCUCGGCGGGCACGGCGAACCUGUGUGCCUCAUCAUGUGGGACCCCAUUUGCCACCGCCAGUGGCGACUGCCCUUGCCCGAGUUCGUGGACUAUCCAACCGUCCCGGACUGCGCGGCGGCGGUGCUCUGCGCCGACGAUGGCUGCGACCACAUCGACUGCCAUGGCAACCCCUUCCGUGUGGUCUACGUGGGCACCGAUGAAGAGGGGGUCGCGCAAGCUUGCGUCUACUCUUCAGAGGACCGUUCCUGGAGCUCCGUGACACCUUGUGAGCACCCUGACUUGCCCAUGCACGUCAUUAGCUCUCAGCCCAAUGCCCUUGUAGGAGAUGCAGUCUAUUUCUUGUGCCAUCAGGAAACGUUCAUCCUGCAGUAUGACUUGCUCAACCAGGAACUAUCAAUGAUUUACUGGCCACCCUUGCCAAAGUGCAAGUGCGGCGAAUAUAUCCUUAUGCCCACAGAGGACGGUGUGCUGGGGUGUGCCACCCUGAAGGACUCCAAGCUCGAAUUAUGGUCGAUGGAGGCUGGCACAGACGGAGCUGUGAAAUGGGCAAUACGUAGAGUCGUGGUGCUCGAGAACUUGCUACCCUCUCCGCCCAGAUAUGCGAUCAGCUGUGCCAAUGGAGUUGAUGUCUUUUUCGUGCGGACAGAUCUUGGCACCUUCACAGUUGAGCUUAAUUCAGGCCGAGUGAAGAAGGUAUCCAACAGCACUCACAUCAUCCCCUACAUGAGUUUCUACACUCCAGAUCAAGCUGGGGGUAUAAAGCCUCCAUCAGCCAUGGCUUCCUCCUCAGAGAGCGUUGAGAAGGCCCGAGACGAGCACCAUGAUCUGCUGCGGCCACACUCAAGUGGGAAUCUGGGCUUUGAGAAGGAGAAAUGGGUAGAGAAGGGCAAGGAGGAUUGUGAAUGUGAGGAGGAUGGAUGGGAGGAGGAGGCCGAGGAAGAGGAUUGGGAAUGGAAUGGGGAUAAAGCUCAGGAGCUGUUUGACGAGGGGUCCAAGGCCAUCGAGGAAGGGCAAUUGGUCCACGCCGAGGACUGUUUCUACACUGCCCUUAGGAGCAGGGUGUUAUAUUAUGGGAGACUUUCUCCAAUGUGUAUUAGCACAUAUUACAAAUAUGGAUAUGCUUUGCUGUACAAAGCUCGAGCCGAGAUUGCACCAUAUCAAGACUGGCGGAAGAGUAGAACUAGCAGAGAUGAUACUGGAAGCUCAAAGGCAUCUGGUAGUAAUGUAAGGGAAGGUGAUACUGAAAAAGAUUUGGAUCUGGCCUGGAAAAUGUUGCAUAUUGCGAAGGCAAUACUUGAAAAGAGUCCUUGCGAUCCUAUUGUGGAAGUCCUUACAUAUUGUUCUCUUGCUGAAGUUUCUAUGGAAAGAGAAGACAUACACUACUCACUCAGUGCUUGGUUCAAAGCUUUAGCCAUCUUGGAGCAUUUGAUUGAGCCUGACCAUAGUCGGAUUAUCUUAAUAAACUUCCACAUAUUUCUGGCCUUCAAGUCUGCAUCCAAGAUUGGAGAUGCGGUUCCAUAUGCUGCAAAGGUUAUUUCAUUCAUCAAGUCACGUAUGCAGAAGCUGAAUAAGGCCUACGAUGCUUUCUUGGCUGUUGAAGGUGAUAAUACUCCUGGUGCUGAAGUUAGCUCAGAAAAAUCCUCGCUGGACAAUGACAAAGAAUUCAUUGCUGCCUUACUCAAUGAAGUAGAGGAGCAGGUAAAUAAGUCAGUUCCUUCAUGUAAUCUGGAUGGCUUACCUCAUGAACCUAAUAAUACCGUAGUACUGUAUGAAGAACUAAAACAUGUUUGA